GGGUUGGCGCGGCUCGCGCGCUGCCGCUUCCCGCCCGGUGCACGCCGGGACGGAUCCGGUUCCGUGAGGGGGGCGCGCGGUGCCUGCUGGGAUAGAUCCGCGCUUCCGGCUCAUCGCUCCCGGUUCACACCGCUGCCUCCGCUCCAGCCUCCUUCCCCGCCGGUGUUUCUGUGCCAGGCCACGGCCCCCGCUCACCGCUCGCAAGCAUGGCGAUGCAGGCAGCCAAACGAGCCAACAUCCGGCUCCCUCCGGAGGUCAACCGGAUCCUGUACAUCAGGAACCUGCCGUACAAAAUCACGGCCGAGGAGAUGUACGAUAUUUUUGGGAAGUACGGGCCCAUCCGGCAGAUCAGAGUUGGAAAUACCCCUGAGACCAGAGGAACAGCCUACGUGGUCUAUGAGGACAUCUUCGAUGCUAAGAAUGCCUGUGACCACUUGUCUGGGUUCAAUGUGUGCAACAGAUACCUCGUGGUUCUCUACUACAACGCAAACAGGGCAUUCCAAAAGAUGGACACAAAGAAGAAAGAAGAACAACUUAAGCUUCUCAAAGAAAAAUAUGGAAUUAACACAGACCCGCCAAAAUAAACUGAUCUUUUUUGGAAAACUGUUUUCAAGCCCUGCCAUUGAGUUCUUGGCCUAAAUAUAGGAAUUCUUAAAGUGUAAUUUUUUCUCAUAUAAAUUUGAUAAGCUGCAAUAUAAGUCUUUAUAUCUUCAGAUUAGGAUUAAAUAAAUGUAGAACACAGGGAGAUCUGCUGUAACAUUAAAUCCCCCAAGGCGACCUGUCUUCUCUGUGCUGAGGGUGACCUGGUAAAGGCUGCAUGGGUACAGGGAUGUCCAUGUGUGUGACAGGAGGGAGCCCAGCUGUGGGAACAAUGCCCACAUCUCACCUGGAGAUCCUGUGCUGUGCACCUCAUUUUGCAGCUGCAAGGGGCUCACAGCAAUACUCACAUUUACUAGCUGGAACUAAUGAGAAACUAAACACUUGUCAUUUUGCGCUGA